UACGAGGGCAAGUCGCGCACAGGAAUUUUACAUCAAUUUUAUGUCGGAUGGAUUACUCUGAAGAUGGUGAGGAUGCUAUUGGUGGAAAUCAGACAGGCAGAGCAGCAUGUAGGCCUACUGUGUCCAGCCACGUGUCCCUGAAGGAUGAUGAGUCUGUUACUGAUGGACAUCAGGGGAUCAGCAAAGGACAAGGGCUACACAGUGCAGGUCCACAGACCCACAGACCAGUGUCUCCAGUGCCCAGCUGUGUGUCCAUGAGGAGUGACCGGUCUAAGGGUGAUCCUCCCAAUCUCAGCAGAGGACCACCACUGUCUGAUCCAAAUCCACAGACCCACAGACCAGUGUCUCCAGUGCCCAGCUGUGUGUCCAUGAGGAGUGACCGGUCAAAGGGUGAUCCUCCCAAUCUCAACAGAGGACCUCCACUGUCUGAUCCAAAUGGAUUUAGGAAUAUUCUGACCCAGGAACAGUCCAGGUGUGGAGUGUGUAAGCAGCUGCUGAGGGACCCAGUCAUCACCAGCUGUGGACACAGUUUCUGUAGGCAGUGCAUCAACAGCUACUGGAGCCAGUCUGGUCCAUCAGGAGACUACAGCUGUCCCCAGUGCAGAAAGAGAACACAACCCUUUCCACACCCUCCAGUCAAAAGGGCCAAACUAUCAGACAACCAUGUCCUGAACAGAGUAUUGAUGACCCAUAAAGCCAGUAUGAAGAGAAGGUUUGAGAGCAUAUGCGAAGGCAUCAUAAGGUCAGGGACUCAAACCCUCCUGAACAAGAUCUACACAGAGCUCUACAUCACAGAGGGAGAGAGUGAAGGGGUGAAUAAUGAGCAUGAGGUUUGGCAGGUGGAGUCAGCAUCCAGGCCACAAACUACAGAAGACACAGCAAUCAACUGUAAUGAUAUCUUCAAGCCCUUACCUGGACAGGAGAGACACAUCAGAACGGUCAUGACCAAGGGGAUUGCUGGCAUUGGAAAAACUGUAUCAGUGCAGAAGUUCAUCCUUGACUGGGCAGAGGACAGAGCUAACCAGGAUAUAGAUUUCAUGUUUGUGCUUCCGUUCCGUGAGCUGAAUUUGGUCCAACAUGAUCAGUACAGUCUUCACAGGCUCCUGCUUGACUUCCACCCUGAGCUUAGAGAGCUACAAGAUGGUGAAUACAAAGAUCGCCACAUUGUGUUCAUUUUUGAUGGUCUGGAUGAGAGUAGACUUCCACUGAAUUUCCAAGAGAACCAGAAGUUGUCUGAUGUGACAAAAACAUCAUCAGUGGAUGUGCUGAUAACGAGCCUCAUUCAGGGAACUCUGCUUCCCUCUGCUCUCCUUUGGAUAACCUCCCGACCAGCAGCAACCAGUCAGGUCCCUUCUCAGUGCAUCAGUCAGGUGACAGAAGUACGAGGAUUCAGUGACCCACAAAAGGAAGAGUACUUCAGGAAGAGAGUCAGUGACCAGAAUCAAGCCAACAGAAUCAUCUCACACAUUACGGCAACCAGGAGCCUUCACAUCAUGUGCCACAUGCCAGUCUUCUGUUGGAUCUCAGCCACUGUCCUUCAGAAAAUACUGGAACAGGAUGAUGGGAAGGAAGCCCCCAAAACUCUGACUGAGAUGUUCAUACACUUUCUGCUCAUCCAGACCACAAGGAAGGGCCAGAAGUAUCAAGAGGAAAGUGAGACCGAUAGACAGAGCCUCCUAGAAUCACAUAAGGGUGUCAUAUUGAAACUAGCAGAGCUGGCUUUCAAGAAUCUGGAGAAUGGCAAUCUCAUGUUCUAUGAGGAAGACCUGAGAGAGUGUGGCAUUGAUGUCAGUGAAGCUUCAGUGUACUCUGGCAUGUGCACUGAGAUCUUCAGGGAGGAAUGUGUGUUUCACCACAAGAAGGUGUACUGCUUUGUCCAUCUGAGCAUCCAGGAGUUUCUUGCUGCACUUCAUUUGUUUGCCUCCUACUUGAAUAAGAGCAUGGAGGUCCUGAAAACAUUUCUUAGCAAAAAAUCCAGGUCUGUGCCAGAUGUGCCUCUCGAUGAGCUGCUGAAGAAUGCAGUAAACAAAGCCUUGGAAAGCAAGAAUGGACACCUUGAUUUGUUUGUUCGCUUCCUUCAUGGCAUUUCUCUGGUGUCAAAUCAGAGACUUUUGCUUGGCCUCCUGACACACACACACAGCAGCCCAGACAGUGUUAAGAAAACCAUCAAGAACCUGAAGGUGAUGCAGAGACAAAAUAUCUCCCCUGAGCGGUGCAUCAACCUGUUCCACUGCCUGGUGGAAAUGCAUGACUCCUCUGUCCAUGAUGAAAUCCAGGCUUUCCUGAAGGCAGAGAAAGGUGCUGUGAAACAGCUCACAUUGGCUCACUGCUCAGCCUUGGCUCAUGUGCUUCUGAUGUCUGAGGAGGUGCUGGACGAGUUUGACCUGAAGAAAUACAAAACCUCAGAUGAGGGACGGAGGAGACUAGUGCCAGCUGUGAGAUGCUGCAGAAAGGCACUACUUGCUGGCUGUAAGCUAACAGAAAAGUCCUGGGAGAUUUUGACUUCAACUCUGCGGUCUGCAAACUCCCCCUUAAGAGAGCUGGACCUGAGUCAGAAUGACCUGCAGGCAUCAGAAGAAAAGCUGCUCUCUGCUCUACAGAGUCCAAACUGCAAACUGGAGACUCUUAGACUUGUUGACUGUAAACUGAAGGGAAGAUUUCUGGCCUUGGCCCACCACGGGGCAAACCCCCACCUAAGAGAGCUGGACAUGAGUGACAGUGAGCUUGAGGACCAUGGAGGAGAACUGCUCCAUCAACCACUGAAUCAAGACUGUAAAGUGAGACUUACCAGGUGUAAACUCAAAUACAGCUAUUCUGAGGUUGUGGUCUCAGUUCUGCAGUCCUAUAUUUCUCAAUUGAGUGAGUUGGACAUGAGUGGCUGUGAUAUUCAAACAUCAGAAGAGAAGUUACUCUCUGGUCUUACAAACCCAAAUUGUCAACUGGAGAAACUGAGACUUGUUGGCUGUAAACUGAGAGGAAGAUUUCUGGCUGUGACUCUUCAGUGGGCAAACUCCCAUCUAAGAGAGCUGGACAUCAGUGACAGUGAGCUGCAGGACUGUGGAGGAGAACUGCUCCAUCAACCACUGAAUCAAAACUGUAAAGUGAGACUCAUCAGCUGCAGACUCAAAGACAGCUCCUCUGAGGUUGUGGUCUCAGUUCUGCAGUCAUGUAUUUCUCAACUGAGUGAG